CUCAGAUGCAUUUAUACAUCCAUGACUCGGUGAUCGAUUAGCAAAUGUGACGCAUGCGCACGGUUUGCUCUUCCUUUCUGCUAGCUUCUCCGCCAUGGCGCCCAUUAAGAAGCAGAACACCGGCAAAGGUGGAAAGAAGAAGAAGCAGGUCCUGAAAUUUACUCUGGACUGCACCCACCCUGUGGAAGAUGGCAUCAUGGACGCUGCCAACUUUGAGCAGUUCCUUCAGGAACGCAUCAAGGUGAACGGCAAAGCCGGCUCCCUGGGAGGUGGUGUGGUCUCCAUCGAGAGGAGCAAGAGCAAGAUCACCGUGUCCUCUGAGGUGCCCUUCUCCAAAAGAUAUCUGAAGUAUCUGACCAAGAAGUACCUGAAGAAGAACAACCUUCGUGACUGGCUGCGCGUCGUGGCGAACACCAAGGAGAGCUACGAGCUCCGGUACUUCCAGAUCAACCAAGACGAAGAGGAGGAGGAAGAUGAGGAUUAAAACAACAAUUCAUGAUUUUGUACAUUUAAAUAAAUGUUGUUUACAGUA